GCUCCCAUUGCAUUCUAUAGGCAUUGUUCCUCAGUGCAGUAGGUAGGGUCUGCCAAGAAUACUGCUACCUGCGCAGGAUGACGUUUCGAGCAGUAUGCCUGCUCGAUGGACAGGGCUUACAUGAAGCGCUAGAAGCUACCCAUGACUUCGUAAACGCCCUCUCAAUGCUACCACACCGCCCCUUCGAAAGUCUGCAAGCAAUUGUCACCCAUGGGUCGCCAUUGGUGCUUGCGGAGGCUUUGGCGCUCUCCGCUGCACUGGUCUGCUGGUUGUGGUACUUGCUGACCAGGAAUUGCUCGCACGUCGACCGUAUGUGGUCCAUCCUACCGCCCAUCUACGUCGCCAUCUUUGCGCGCGACGACCUCGCCGCAGCAGCAACCGCUGCCGUACGACACCUCAGCGGCAGCGACAGCACCUCCUUCUCCUCCUCUACCGUUGCAAGCGGCGGCAGUAGCAGUUCCGCACCCCUGCUGCUACAGCCACUGCUGCUACAGCCCCUGCUGCUACAGCGGCUACCGGGACUGGCUGCAGCGCUAGCAGCCUCGGGUGCGGACCCGCGGCUGCUGCUGGCUACGGCGCUUGCUGCGGUGUGGGGCUGUCGGUUGACGUACAACUUUUGGCGCAAGGGCGGCUACAACCUGCGCUACGAGGACUACAGGUG